AUGACGAUGAUGCGCCGACGGGCUACGAGCGAGGAUGCGAAGGUCGAGGUUCAGAAGACGGAACCCGCGCCAGCGAGCGCCGUUGCUGCCGUCUCAUGCUUGCGUGCAAGCCCCCCAAGCGGCGCGUCUCGUCCAUUCCACGAGACCACUGCCCCGUUGAUAGACAGCCAUAACGAGCAGACGUAG